AUGACGCCCUUGCAACAAUCGGGGAAGGAAUUAGUCCAUGGAGGUGCAAACCAAACUAAUUCGGCUACUAAAGUAACUACGAUAGCAAUUGAGAAGGAACAGGUAACCCAAGCCCAGGAACAAUGGAGUGCAUUGAAUCUAGAAUCUCCCGCUAAUACAGGAAACCAACAUACUGCUAUUGGUCAGAAAUCAUGGGCAGAUGAGGUUGAAGAGGUCUGGAAUGAGGACAUGGAAUUCACCAGAGAAGAACUACAUUUCGUUCCUAUCUUGGUGAAAUUUCCAGGUUUGGACUUCAAAUAUUGGAGUGCAACAGGAUUGAGUAAAAUUGGGAGUUUGGUAGGUAAACCUCUAAUGGCUGAUCAUAAUAUAGAAAAGAAGAUUGGAUUAAACUUUGCGAGGCUCCUGAUAGAAGUGGAUUUGGAUACUGAACUUCCUGAAGUUGUGAAGUAUGGGAAUACAGAUGAAGUGUGUAGGAAGAAGAACCCACCUAAGAAAGGAGAGGAGGUUCAACAGGUACCAGGAACACAACAACCUCCAGCUGAGAAGCCUGUACAAGCUCAGGAAGGGGUGAUUGCUCAGGAAGUAGGGACUGUUCCACCAGCUCAGACAAAGCUGGCAGGUGCUAAGUCUGGGACAGUGCAACAAGGUGGUGUCCCUAAGUCUCACGGAGUGGUAAAUGCACUAGAACAACAAAUGUUACAAACAGUGAAUCAAGCUCAGAAGGCCAAAGCUGCUACUGGGGUGCAACAGAAGGGGAAUGUGCAGAUUGGUUGGGUUACUCCAAUGAAGGAUGGGAAAAUGAAUCCUGUGUUGAGUCAGCACCUUCAAAAGAAUCAGAAAUCUAUGGAUAUCCCUAGUACUAGUACGAUAGGUGGAACUGAGGUGGUUAGAAACAUGGGGAGUCAAUCCAUUCCUAUUAUUGGGAAUGGCCUGCUAGAAAUAAAAAUUAAAAAAGAUGAGUUUGAUAACAUUGCAUCAAGUUUGUUUGGAGGAUGGAAUCACAUCAACAACUUGGAAGAUCACUAUAAUGGUAGAGUAUGGAUUACUUGGAGACCUGAUUACUUCAAUUUCACUCUCAUAAGUAAAACUGCUCAAGCCAUUACUUGUGAAGUAUUGUAUGUCCCAGUGCAGUUAAAAUUUGUGGUUACCUUUGUGUAUGCUUUUAAGACAAAGGAAGAAAGAAAAGGAUUAUGGGAGUAUCUAGCAGAAUAUGGCUCCAGUUGUCAAUUACCUUGGAUGAUCUCAGGGGAUUUCAACUUUGUAUUAAGCAUGGAGGACAGGUUAGGUGGUAAUCCUGUGGCAUGGGCUGAAGUGGUAGACUUUCAAAAUUGGGUGGAUGAAUGUGGUCUUAUUGAGCUGCCUCAACAGGGCAACAAAUACACGUAG